UCCAUAUACCCCCCCCUCCCCCACAUGAACACAGGUUAACACACGCCAGCGCCUUAUUCCGCCUCCGCUCGGUUGUGUUGCUGCUUUGGUCUGGACCUUGUUUUCGUUCGCGGCCGGUUUGGGUCACAGCCAGUAUGGAGUUGUCGGACAUCUCCUUUCCAAUGGCGGCUGCUGACGACUUCUACGACGACCCCUGCUUCAACACCAGCGACAUGCACUUCUUCGAGGACCUGGACCCCCGUCUGGUCCAUGUGGGCCUACUCAAGCCCGACGACUCGUCCUCUACCUCGUCGUCCCCGUCCUCGAUGUCGUCCACCUCCCACCACCAGCACCACCAAGCGGACGAGGACGAACACGUCCGGGCGCCCAGCGGGCACCACCAGGCGGGCCGCUGCCUGCUGUGGGCCUGCAAGGCCUGCAAGAGGAAGACCACCAACGCGGACCGCAGGAAGGCCGCCACGCUGCGGGAGCGCCGAAGACUCAGUAAGGUCAACGACGCCUUUGAGACCCUGAAGCGGUGCACCUCGGCCAACCCGAACCAGAGGCUGCCCAAGGUGGAGAUCCUCCGCAACGCCAUCAGCUAUAUCGAGUCCCUGCAGGCCCUGCUCCGGGGGGGCCACGACGACGGAUACUACCCGGUCAUCGAGCACUACAGCGGGGACUCGGACGCCUCCAGCCCCCGGUCCAACUGCUCGGACGGCAUGACGGACUUUAACGGGCCGAGCUGUCCUUCCAACAGGAGGGGCGCCGCCUUUUUCAACGACACCCCCAGCGGUUCCGUGAAGGCCGAGCGGACCUCGGUGGUCUCCAGCCUGGAUUGUCUGUCCAGCAUCGUGGAGCGCAUCACGACCGACGCCAACAGCGGUCUGGUAGCGCCCGGGUCGCCGUCGGCAGACCUCCAGGCUGGUGGGGAGGCCUCCACACCGGGACCCGCACAGGUCCCGUCCCCGACUGGCCUCCACGACCCCAACCUCAUCUAUCAAGUCCUAUAGAGGGUCCAGAGCGAGGAUGGAAAGUCCGUCAUUGCCUGAAUUCUGUGUUUUAUUUUCUUCUUGUUUGUGGCAGACAUAUUUAAAAGUGUAUUUAAGUUGACCUUCCGUGCUCGCUGCUAAUAGUCGAAAAUGAUCAAAGCACUGCAAUGCUUUUUUUUUUAACAAACAACUUUGUCUUCUUGUUGUAUAUUUGAUGAGUUUGGACACACGUGAUGAUGAUAGUAAUGAACAUGAGCUGUUGGUCAUCCACCUACAUUCCUCUUCAGCAGCUUCACGACCUCCACGUUGACGAGAAAAGUGUAUAAAAAAGAGCUCCGAUUGGAAACAAGUUGUCUCGAUUGUUGGACGGAGUGCAGCAGUGCAGAGGACCAUUUUUGUGUUUGUACAGAUAGAACGUGUAAAUAAGAUGUAUUUAAUGCUUUUCUUUCUUCAACUUUAUAUUUAUACCUAAGAGUGACACUCUAAUAAAUACUUUAUUUAUACAAAAAUAUGCUUUUUUCCGCUCUACCAAUUCUUUUUGUGACAGCCAUGAAGUAAAUAUUUGUAUGUAUUGCAUUUUCCGUUUAACGUGAGCAUGAAUGCAAAUAUUUUACUUGCUGCAUUUAGAGCUGGGGUGUCCAAACAUUUUUCCAGCCAGGCUCUCAUGGUGGAAAACAGUGGUGAACAAGUUUGUGAAAAUGGACUUUUGCAUAAUUUGGACUUUAGCAUAAUUUAGGGCAAUUUUUAUUAGGUUAAUAAAUUCACUUCUGUAAGUGUAGAACCACAAAACUCACCUCACACACCAGCGGCCUUCUCCUGUUCAUACUACAGCAAAGACUUUGGGAAAAUGUGCUUUUAGAUAAUUUUGUGGAAAUUUUAAUAAAUGCAAUUGUGUGACAUGUCCAUAGCGGAAAAUUUC